AUGAGAAAUACGAAAAAUACGACGUCGAAAAGCAGCGAGAGCUCAACGCCUCCACCGACGAUGCCUUCUCUCGUCUCUACUCCGCCGUUGACUCGCAAAUCGAAACUGCGCUCCAAAUCGGAGGCGACAGCAAUGGAGACGAACCGGGCUAAAGUGGUCGCGAUGAAUGCAGAGAUUCGUCGAACAAAGGCUCGGCUGUUGGAAGAAGUUCCCAAGUUGCAGAAAUUGGCUCUCAAGAAGAUUCAAUCAAUUCCAGAUGGAACUGAAUCUGCAGUCAGGCAAACUGGGGCUGGGCAGCAUCAGCUUCUUAUAAAAACAUCAAAUUUGGUUCAGUUAUCAAUUGGGACGUGUGAGAGCUUACCUAUUGUAGCCAGCUCCUGUGCUUUGUUUCAAACCACUGCAGAUGGGUAUCUCGGUGAUGAUUACUUCCAACAGUCUGAAGAAUCAAAUCAGUUUAGGGAAGAAUAUGAAAUGCGGAAGAUGAAACAGGCAAGCUUAGAAGUUAUAUCAGAAGGUCUGGAUACACUGAAGAAUUUGGCCCUUGAUAUGAAUGAGGAAUUGGAUAGACAAGUUCCACUGAUGGACGAAAUGGAAACAAAGGUGGAUAAGGCUACAGCUGAUCUAAAGAAUACUAAUGUUAAAAUGAAGCGAACUCUUACUCAGAUAAGGUCCAGCAGGAACUUCUGUAUUGACAUCAUUCUGUUGUGUGUCAUUCUGGGAAUUGCUUCCUAUUUAUACAAUGUGAUCUUCAUGGAUGGUUGUCUAGGAAUUGUCUCCCAUGGACCAGAAGAAAAUGACAUUUAA